CUCGGCGGCGCUUGCGGCAGUACCGGCGUGCGGGGCCAUGGCGGAGGAGGAGGAUCCGGCAGCGGCGGCGGCGGCGGCCGGGAGCGGCAGCGACAGCGAGGAGGGGGAGGAUGGCGAGCGGCGGCACCGGCAGCUCCUGGAGGCGAUCAGCGCCCUGUCCGGACGGAAACGGCGGAAGCUGGCGGAGCGCUCGGAGGCCAGCGGGCAGGUGUCCGAGUUCAAUGUCACCUGCAAAGGUGCUGGGGAGAAGCUGGUGCUGUCGGAGCUGCUGCAGCCCAUCCAUCCCAAAUCCACGCUGGGCAGCGUGAGGAAGGAGCUGGCCAGAGUGAAGCGGAGGGCGGCAGUGGAGCUGCCACUGAGCAAAGAGGAGGCCAAGAGGGUGGUGAGGGAGGCUGCCUACGUCACCACCUCGAAGGACGUGGGCAAGUGGCAGCAGGUGGUGCAGCAGAACCGGCGUGCAGAGCAGCUGGUGUUCCCCCUGCGGCAGGACAUCGCCACUGUCACCCCCCUGGAGAGGGCCACCUCGGCCUGGAAGGCCCGAACUCCACUGGAGCAGGAGAUCUUUGGCUUGCUCCACAAGACACAGCAGCCCAUCACAGACCCACUGCUGACAGCAGAGGAGGUGGCCUCGGUGCAGGCCAUGAGCUUGGAGGAGGCGCGGCGCCGGCGGGCAGAGCUGCAGAAGGCCCGGGCACUUCAGUCCUACUACGAGGCCAAGGCUCGGCGAGCAAAGCGGAUCAAGAGCAAGAAGUACCACCGCGUGCUCAAGAAGAGCCGGAGGCGCCAGGCCCUGAAGGAGUUUGAGCAGCUGCACAAAUCGGACCCUGCGGCCGCCCUGGCACGGCUGGAGGAGCUGGAGCAGCUCAGGAUGCAGGAGCGGAUGAGCCUGAAGCACCAGAACAAGGGGAAAUGGGCCCGAUCCAGAGCCAUUAUGGCUAAGUAUGACCUCGAGGCCCGCAAGGCCAUGCAGGAGCAGCUGGCCAGGAACAAGGAGCUGAUGCAGAAGGUGCGGGUGGAGCCGCCCGAGGAGGAGGAGGAGCCCUGUGAGGUGCCCGAGGGGGACACCCCGGCCCUGCCCACACCCACCGGGGCCAAUCCCUGGAUGCUGGGCAAGCCCAGUGGCCCAGCCCCGGAGCCUGAGGCGCAGGAGGGUCCAAGAGAUGACACAGUGCCUGGUGCUGUGGAGAGCAAGGACGAGAUGGAGGAGGAGGAGGAGGAGGAGCUGUCGGAGGAAGAGGCUCUGCUGCAAGACUUCGAGCAGAAGCGGCGGGAGCGGAACCCGCAGGGGCACAGUGAGGAGCGUGGUGAGGAGCGUGGUGCUGAUGAGACUGAGGCCAGUGCUGAGGAGCCCAGGGACAGCCCAGUUCCCCCAGCCUGUGCUAAGGAGCUGGAGGACAGCCCAGUGUCCCCAGCCUGUGCUGAGGAGCUGGGGGACAGCCCAGUGUCCCCAGCCUGUGCUGAGGAGCCCAGGGACAGCCCAGUCCCCCCAGCCUGUGCUGAGGAGCUGGUGAGCCCAGGGCCAGAGCCGCCCCCUCAGGCCCAGGAGCAGCUCCUGCUCUCAGAGCAGCUGCACCGCGUGCAGACCAUGGAGGAUGUGGAGAAUCUGGCCAAGGAGGAGCCUGUGGAAGAGCAGGAGAAGCUGGUAGCCCCGAGGGCAGGGAAGAGAGCACGGCAGCAGGAGGAAGGCAGAGCUGGGGACAGACAGACCGAGAAAACAGCAGCCAAGAGGAAGAUGAUCAGCCUGGAGGCUGUGCUGGAUGGCAAGCCCCAGCAGAUGGACUUCCCCAGCCUGCCUGUGGUCCUGGAGGAGGAGGAGGGCGGCGUGGAGCAGCGAGGGGCGAUCACGGAGGCCUUUGCUGGGGACGACGUGGUGGCGGAUUUCCGCCGGGAGAAGCGCAAGGCGGAGGAGGCGGCGAAGCCGCAGCCGCUGAACCUGGUGCUGCCGGGCUGGGGCGAGUGGGGCGGCACGGGGCUGAAACCCAGCGCCAGGAAGGUCAAGAGGUUCCUGAUCAAGGCGCCGCCGGCGCCGCCGCGGAAGGACCGGCACCUGCCCCACGUCAUCCUGAGCGAGGAGCGCAACAUCCACGCGGCAGCACAUCAGGUCAGCGAGCUGCCCUUCCCCUUCGAGCGGCACCAGCAGUUCGAGCAGAGCAUGCGGACGCCCGUGGGCCCCACGUGGAACACUCAGCGCGCCUUCCAGAAGCUCACAGCCCCUCGGGUCAUCACCCGCAGCGGCCACAUCAUCCAGCCCAUCUCGGCAGAGGACGUCCCCGACACAGCCCCUGGAGGCGGGGCCAGGCUCGGGGGAGAGGCCAUGCCCGGGAGGAGGGCUGAGCCAAGGGGGAAGGCUGUGCCCAGGAGGAAGGCAGUGGGGGGAAAGGCUGAGUCCAGGGGAAAGGCUGAGCCCAUGGGUAAAGCUAUGGGGGGGAAGGCUGUGCCCAAGGGGAAAGCUGUGCCCAAGGGGAAGGCUGUGCCCAAGGGGAAGGCUGUAGGGGGAAAGGUUGAGUCCAGGGGAAAGUCUGUACCUGGGAAGAAGGCACAGCCCCAGCACCACAGAGCGAGGUAGCUCUGUGUCUGCAGCCUGGGGGCUUGAACUGGAGCCAGCAGAGGAACCAGGAGCAGCUCCUGGUUCUGUCCAGUUGCUUCUCCCUCUUUCUCUGCAAUAAAACCCAGGGCUGCCCUU